AGCAGUGACCUGCCUCCCCUCUUGAGAAAUAUCCAGACAGAGGCAGGAGCUGUGGUCCAGGAGGGCACCUGGGGUGAAGCAGCGGGAUAGAACAACAGCAGAUGCUGCAUGGAAUAGACAAAGGCUGGGGCUUCUUUCAGAAGAGCACCCGUCAUGCCAAACCCUGUGAUUCAAUCCAGCUAGUGGACUAACACCUGGGAGAGAUUUUGCAAGGAGGACUUUAGGAUUUCUGCUGUGCCCUCUGAUAGGACUAGCCAUCUUUCCAAUGCCAAGGCAAAGAAGAGGAUGGUUACAACAGCAGCAAAGGAAAUCUUGGAGCCUUCUCAACGGGAUGCGUUCAAUCACCUGACACAGAUGGAAACGGCCACUGCUUGCACCUUUAAGAACUCAAUGAAAGAACAAAGGAUGUUCUCGGCAAAUAUCGGCCUCCCCAGCCCUUUGAUCCGCCGCGGCCGCCAGUGGCCAGCCUACACCACUCUCACGUCUCCGACGGUCAAGAUGCUACUUGAGCAAGACAAGCUGAGGAAGGCUGGGUCCCAAGGCACCUCUGAGGAAUGCAGACAGGGAAUGGGCAGCAGCAGGAACAGCAGGGGCCACACGCCAGGACGAAAGCCAAGUGAUGAGUCUCAGGAAGCAGGUUUUACUGAGACAACCCAAGAGUCGUCAAGGCCAAAUGAAGAUAGCAACCCCCUUAGGACUGCCAGGGGCUCUCCAGCAAACAUUGAGGGCUUGUUUUUGCAGAGUAAUUCAUCCUCAGCGGGCCCCCCAAUUAAAGGCAAUAAGGUUAUUUUCUCCAGUAAACCCCACUUCCGUGUGCUACCAUAUGGCUCCCAGAUGUCUCCCAGCAAGCAGAAAUCAACUGCCUGCAGUUAGAAAAAUAGAUCUCAAGAGUUCUGCUUCAACACUCUGGACUGCAUUAAAGUUACUCUGCAACUAA